AUGCCAAGGGGUAAAGCAAAACAUAGAUCAUUUGGAGUAUCAAGAAGUGUAAGCAUUCAUCAGCAAAAUGUUAGAGGUGGUACUAACAUAGAGCAAGCACCUAUAGAGAAUGCAUCCACAGAGCAAGAACCCAUUGUACAACAUGCACCUAUGGAGGAAGCAUCCAUUGAGGAACCACCAACUGAUCAUGAAAUUCAACAAGAGGCUAAUACUGAAAAUGAGACACAUAUUGAAAAUGAUAUAUCCACUUCCAAUGAGACUCAACAAAUCGAGUCAAAUAGACAAAAGAAUAAAGUCUCAUAUCGAAAGUCUGCAGAUGGGCGCAUAUACUUAGAACCAAAUAAUACAUCGUAUCAUCCUCAUAAUGCUGUGCGUAUAUUGUCAUGUAUAAUAAAGAAGUUUUUUGGAGGACCAUGGAUUACUUGGGAUAAAACACCAUUUGAGGUUAAGCAACAUUGGUUUGGAGAGUUCAAGAAAGUAUAUAUUUGGGAGGACAGGUUUGAUAAUGAGAUACAUAGACUUUAUGAGAAGUUUAUUGGUCGAGGUUGCUUGAAAACUGUCCUUUAUAAUGCAAGGAAGACAUUCAAGGAAAAGGAAAUAUCACCUACUUGGAUGAGUGAAGAUAACUGGAAGGAACUUCAAAGAAAAUAUGUUGAGACUAAUUCAAAGAAAUCUGAGACUAAUUCAAAGAAUAGGUUGAGCAAGGAAGAGACAGGGGGUGAAGCUCGUCCAUCUCAAGUGUUCUUGAUGACUCACAAGAAAUCAAAUUCUGAAGCCUUUGUUGACAAGAAAUCAAAAGCAAUAUGGGAUAAGUUUCAAAGUGAGAUGAAAGAGUCUCUAGAUGAUAUGUCAGAUGUUGGAGCUAUUGACAGCCAUGCCUUAGAGAAUUUGAGCAAUGAGCAAGAGAUGUCAAUUUGGACAAAAGUUGUUGGUGGUCCUAAAAAAGGAAGAAUAUAUGGUCUUGGAUCAGAGGCUACUAACAUUUAUGUUGCAUCUUCACAAGCUUCAAGCCAUGCACCUCCCCCUAGUCAGGACUACAUACAACAAAUGGAACUUAAAAUACAAGAAGAGGUAAAGAAAAGGGAAGUACUUGAAAAGGAAUUGCAUGAAUUGCAAGUGGUUGUACAGCAACUAAUAGCUAGUCAUGGAUUGUCUCAUCCUUGUUUGGAGACUCCACAAAAUGUUGAUCCAUCUAUAGGAUCCACCUCAGCUGCAAACAAAGAUAAUUGA